GGCAGCUCCCCCGCGGGGAAAGCCGCCCCUGCCGGCGGCCGGCGGAGCCGGCGGGCGGCCCGCGGAUGAGAUGUUCGAGUCGGAGGAGAUGGCCGUGCACCGCGUCAAGACGGUGCUGAACGCCGUGGUGCACAGCGAGUCGAGCGUGGCGGCCGUGGGCAGGCUCCCCGGCAGCGAGGGCGUCGACCAGGACGGCAAGUGGAGGAGGCUCUUCGACCACUAUGACGACGACCACGGCGGGGCACUGUCCUUCAAAGAGUUCAAGAAGCUGGUCCGGGGCGCGCUGCACAUCAACGAGUCGAAGCUCCCUGACAAGGACCUCCGGCUGCUGUUCAACCGCAUCGACUAUGACGGCAGCGGCGAGAUCGAGUUUGGGGAAUUCACAAGGUACGUGAAGCUGGGGGCGAAGGAGUCACAGGAGCUGCCGCGGACUAUGGGCCGUGCUCUUCGUCUGGCGCUUGCCCGGCUGAAGGUGCGGACGGAGGCGGACCUCCGGGAGAUGUUCGACAGUUGGGAUUUCGACGCAUCUGGAGGGAUCACGCUGCAUCAGUUGCGGAGGCUAGUCCGCGAAGUGCUGCGGCUGAACAAGCACGAGUUCUCCGACUACUACAUCAAGCGGCUCAUGACCACCAUCGACGUGGACUGCACAGGACAGAUAGAGUUCGACGAGUUCGCAAAGUUCAUCAACGACCAUGUCAACCUCGGCGGGAUCUCCAACACGGGCUACGCCGGCCCCGGCACCGCAAAGCCCUACGCCGCCAAUGAGGUCGUGCUGAAGAUCGGCUCGGCGAGACCGCCCCCGUCCUUCGACCCGCCGGCCGGCGCUGCCAGCGAGCCGCCGAGGGGCCUCGCGGCCCUGCGGGCGCGCGCGGGCCGCUGGGCCCCGCCCGGCGUGGGCGGCGAUCAGCGGCCCCGCGGGUACCUGAACCUGCCCGGCGCCGAGCGGCUCAACAGGGUGGAGGGGCGCCUCUUCAGCGCCGGCGUCGAGAUCCGGGGCGAGUUCUUCCGGGUGGCGGACGGCGCGGGCGAGGGCCGGGGCAGGACUACCCGCAGGCUCGACCGGUUCGCCUCCUCGCCGAGCCUGGUGCUCCUGACCCCGGGGAAGGAGCCGGCCUUCGGAUUGGUCAACAGGAGUAGCUUCGAAAGGCGGCCGCUGCCAGUGUCGGAGCGCUUCAGGUGCUGUCGACUGUGGAAGGACCGACCUUGCGGUGAUGGCGACCGCUGCCUCGGGGACGUCGGAGGCGUCGGAGGAGGUUACGGCUGCGUCCUGCUGGGCAUGGCCAUCGGCGCGGCGGGCGCGGCGGCCUGCGGCGCGGAGCUGUGGCCGGCACCCCGCGGGGUGGGCGCCCCAGCGCGAGGGGCGCCGCGGGGGCCCCGGUGGGCCAGCAGCUUCAUCAAGGACUGCAGCAACCGCAGUGCGGAGGGGCUCACGCCGGGGUGCCGGAGGCUGCGGGACCUCUUCCGGGGGAAGGAAGUGGUGGGCGAGAAGAUCGAGAAGUGCGGCGAGCCCCCUGGCGAGCGGCGUCCUCCCCCCAGGUGGCCAGGCGCCAAGCCUCCCCGCGUCACCCCAGAGCGGGACGAGGUGGACGAGCGCGAGGAGUACAUCCACGACGCGCAGACCGACCUCUGGUACCACUGUUGCGAACAGCGGUCCCCUUGGAAGGACUUCUCCGUCGAGGCCGAUCCUGUCCGCGUGCCGCCGGGCGCGGACAAAGCUCUGUCCAGUAUCGGCAGCAAUGUCAUGGGCAUGGGCGGAAAGGCAGAGAAAAGCGCCAACCUGAAGCCGAAAGGAGCGGCGCUGCGGUGCAACAUGAUGCAGAAUCUCAAGCACAUGCAGGACGAGUCCUCCGGCGACCGAGAGGUGGUGGACGAGGUGUCCGGCAGUGCCGCCAGCGGGCUGAUCGGGCUGGGCACGAAGUGCGUCGGCGACGAGAGAGUGGCGCUGCAGAAGUUCGCCGGGGGCGCCACCAUGCGGGUGCUGACCGACGACGUGGGACAGUGCGUGGACAUCGGCCCCCACGGCGCCAGCACGCCGAGGGGCCAGCCCUACCACGUCUUCGAGCUCUCCGUGGCGCCGUCCGCCGCGCUGCUCGCGGGGUGGCCGGCUGCCGGCCGCAGGGGCUCCCGGUUGAAGGGCGAGUAUGAGGGCUUGAAGCGAGUAUUGUGCGCGGCUUGGUACAAGCGGGACGAGGGCAUGUGGGAGAUCAUCUCGAGCCUGGACGGCGACGUGAGGAGGCUGGUCGAGGAGCUGCGCGAGCUGGAGGCCCGGCGCGCCGCCGGCCUGGAGGAGCCAGAAGCGGCGGCUGAGGCGGAGGUGCAAGAAGCGGCGGUUGAGGCGGAGGCGGCCCCGCCCGCGGAGCCACCGGCCGCGGAGCCGCGGCCCGCCGCCGCCGUCGCUCCCGCGGGCCGCCCGCACGGCGUCGUCGUCCCCCCGCCCGCCCGCGCGAGGUUGCAGACGGGCGCGGACCGCGCCUUGGAUGCAGUGGUCAACAAGGCGAGAGCCGUCAACGGCACCCUCGUGGCCGAGGCCGAGGCGCGCCUGAAGGUGGCCAAGAGCCCCCAGCAGCUGGAGGCGAUACGCGUCUUCCGGGAGCGCCACGCCCUCGGCGACGAGGUCGAGCUGGCCCUCCGGAUGCUGCGGCCCGCGGACCUCCUCAAGUUCCUGCAUGGCGCCCAGGGGCUCCAGGUCCUGCUCGGGUCGGCCGAGGAGAGGGCCGCGGCUGUGAUGUCCAGGAUCUCCCUGCUGGACCGGGAAGUGGAGUCCCUGGUGCGGAGCCUGAAGCACCUGGACGCCGAGGCGAGCGAG